GCUCGUAACGGCUAGUUUUCCCAUUUUGCUGAUUCGAUUCUUCUCGCACGAUAGACUCUCUUCCACCACUGCUAAAAAUCUCUCCAUAUUUCACACAUUCAGAUUAUUUUUUAAUCAAAUUUCAACGAAUCCAUAGAUUUGGAUUUUUGAUUCUGAAAACAGAAAUGAGUGAAUCGAUGGCAGAAGUUGGUACAUCAAUGCAAGAUCAGGCUGCCAAUCCUCAUCUUCCUCCUCCUCCUCCACCUCCUAUUCAACGGCGGCCAAGGGUGAGGGAAGUGAGCUCUAGAUUCAUGUCUCCGGUUGUAUCAUCUUUCUCCUCCUCCUCCUCCCCUCUCCCGAAUAAUAAACAACGCUCCAGCUCUGUGCAAAAGCAGCGGCAAACUGAGCCUCUUUCCUGUGCCGACGAGAACAGACACAUCAUUACUGACUUCAUUCGCAGCCCACCACAGCGGAAGCAUCAGCAUCGCGCUGUGAUGAAACUUUUCAAGGAGAAUGGUGGAAGUAGCAGACAAGAUCAGCCACCUUCCAGAUCUCACUUCCGGCCAGACACCCCCACAGUUACCACUACUUCAUCCUCUAAAAUACGACUGAUGAAGCAGCGAUCUACCCCCAGCACCAUGUCAGCCGCUGCAAAGCUCUUGCAAUCCUCUGGGAUGUCAUCGUCCCAUUUGGGUAUUUCGAAUUUGAUUGAAUCAUCUCCGUCUCCAUCGCCAUCACCAUCGUCAUCGCCAUCUCGAUCAGCUUGUUCUGGUUGUGACGGUCAUGAAAAUUGUGAAAAUCAUAACAUUGAAGGCAACCAUUUAUCCCAAAGCAGCUCCACUCAGUCCCUUCCUGAUCUCCGCUCUUCUAUGCCGGAGGCAGGUGUGUUACCUAAGGUCUCCGGUAGAUUUUUGGCAGAUAGAAGUGUUAAUAGGCCUAAUGGGACUACUGCUGAAUCAUCUAAAUUCUCUGCUUCACCCUGCUCUCGGUCCAUUGAUUUGCCACAAUCCUCUACAUUUGAAUACUCAUUGAUGCAUUCCUUGAAAGCUGCUGAAAAACCAGGCAAGCAAUAUACUAAUUCUGUCAGGAUGGGUUGUGGGCUUCCUCUGCCUCCAGUCCCUCAUGCGAAACUCGCAGCUGAUUUCUCUAGAAAGGGAAGGAAAAUUCUCAGUCAUCAAGAAUCUGUGCAUUCUCUAAGACUGCUUCAUAAUCAUUAUUUGCAGUGGCGGUAUGCGAAUGCAAAAGCUGAGGCCUCCAUCAAAUCUCAAAGAAGAGAAACUGAGAGAACAAUAUAUUCCCUUGGUGUGAAGAUAUCAGAAUUAUAUGACUCCGUGGAAAGAAAACGCAUUGAACUUGGCCUUUUACAAAGGGCCAAAACUCUAUAUGCAAUUCUAGAAGCCCAGAUGCCAUAUCUGGAAGAAUGGUCUACUCUUGAACCAGAUUAUUCAAUAUCUUUGUCAGAAGCAAUGCAAGCUUUGUUGAAUACCUCACUUCGGCUUCCAAUUAGUGGGAAUGUUAAAGCUGAUGUAAGGGAGGUAGGGGAAGCAUUGAACUCUGCAAUGAAGUUGAUGGAAUUAAUAGCUUUCCAAAUUCAAAGCUUUAUGCCAAAGGCUGAAGAAAUGGACAUUCUGAUAUCAGAACUAGCCAGUUUGUCUGGAGGAGAAAGAGCACUUAUUGAAGAAUGUGGGGAUCUGUUAUAUAUCACACGUAAAUCACAGGUGGAGGAAUGCAGCUUACGUGGCCAACUUAUUCAGUUGAAUCGAAUUCAUGGUCAACACCAUGGAUAAGCAAUAAUUCAUUGGUUUUGAGGACUUGAUAAGCAAUAAUUCAUUGGUUUUGAGGAUUUCCUUUCUCUUUUGCUUUUUUUUUUUUUAUUUUUUUUUCUUUUUACCUCUACCACUAACGUGGCUUUGCUUAAGAAGAAGAAAGAUUGAUCUGUGCAGCAAUGAUAUGAAAAAUACUUUUUUUUUUCCUCAGGCCAUAUUGCCCUUAUUGUCAUAAUCCAAAACACAGAUGUAAUUGAGAUAGAAAAGCUUCACACAUGUAAUCUCUCUCUCUCUCUCUCUCUAUAUAUAUAUAUAUAAAUUAAAAUUUUAAUUCUA